GGCCCGAGGAGCUCGCGUUUUAGCAACUUGGAGCGAGCGAGGCGGCCGAGGGGAGGGCGAAAGUUUGCUUCCCCGACGUCAGCGCCGGGCGGGCCGCGGCGGCCGGGGGGCGAGGAGGCGGCGGGCAGCGGGGCCCGAGCGCGGGGCGGCCGGGGCGCGCUCGCUCCGACCCGCGCCUGCCACCCGCGCCGGCGACGCCGGGGCCCUCGCGGGCAUGGACAGCGCGGCCGCCGCCGCCUUCGCCCUGGACAAGCCGCCGCUGGGCCCGGGGCCGCCGCCGCCGCCGCCGCCCUCCGCGCUGGGGCCCGGCGACUGCGCCCAGGCGCGCAAGAACUUCACGGUGAGCCACCUCCUGGACCUGGAGGAGGUGGCGGCGGCCGGGCGGCUGGCGGUGCGCCCCGCGGCCAGGGCCGAGGCGCGGGAGGGCGCGGCGCGGGAGCCGUCCGGGGGCAGCAGCGGCAGCGAGGCGGCGCCGCAGGACGGUGAAUGUCCCAGCCCGGGGCGCGGCGCCGCCGCCAAGCGGAAGAAGAAGCAGCGGCGGAACCGCACCACGUUCAACAGCAGCCAGCUGCAGGCGCUGGAGCGCGUGUUCGAGCGCACGCACUACCCCGACGCCUUUGUGCGCGAGGAGCUGGCCCGACGCGUCAACCUCAGCGAGGCGCGUGUGCAGGUCUGGUUUCAGAACCGCCGGGCCAAGUUCCGCCGAAACGAGAGGGCCAUGCUGGCCAACCGCUCCGCCUCCCUGCUCAAGUCCUACAGCCAGGAGGCCGCCAUCGAGCAGCCCGUGGCUCCCCGGCCCACCGCCCUGAGUCCCGAUUAUCUUUCCUGGACAGCCUCGUCCCCCUACAGCACGGUGCCACCCUACAGCCCUGGAGGCCCAGGCCCUGCGACCCAAGGAGUCAACAUGGCCAACAGUAUCGCCAGCCUCCGUCUCAAGGCCAAGGAGUUCAGCCUGCACCACAGCCAGGUGCCCACGGUGAACUGAUGACCGGCCCCCCAGGACCCCGCUGCCUCCCUGGUCUAACAACAGCCAAGAGGGCAGACAUGAAAGUGACCUUGUCCUGUCCGCUGUCUCUAGGGCAGGCUGAUUGGGCUCUCCUGGCCCCUCUCUCCAGUCCAGACUGCUGGGCCCAAGAGGCUGCUGAGAUGCUGGGAGCCCUUUGUCUACAGCCGUGGGAGACCUUGGCCCAUGACCUUUGGAGGGGUUGGGCCAGAGAUGGAGAAGGAGCCCACCAAGGACUACAUUUAUUUUGUGUAUUAAAACCGAAAAGCUUUUUUCUUUAAGAAA